UACAUUCAUUCCGAAAGAUAUCUCAAAAACAAGUCAACCAAUCGAUGACAAAACAACAACACAAUCGUCUAUAACUAGUACUACGGAAUCCAUGAACCAAACGGCGAGUCCACGAGAAUCAAUGGGUGUCACCAAUAAAAGCACUCAAUCAACAACUGCUUCCACCACUCCUUCAUACCCAUUCGAACUCGACGAAGGAGCCUGUGUGUACGACAACAAGAUAUACCAAUCGGCAGAACAGAUCCCACGACCACAUCCCUGUGACUUCUGUUUCUGCUUCCGGGGAGAUAUCAUAUGCCUUCAGCAGACGUGUCCGCCACCGAUCGCCCGCUGCUAUGAGACACAAAUUGAAGGAUUCUGUUGUCCUCGAUAUGAAUGCCCCGUUCAGUCAACUACUAUGAAUGUGACGGUCACUACACCGACAACUGUGCCCACACAACACGUCGAGCGUAAAGGUUGUCAAAUAAGCGGAGUAUUCUAUGAGGUGGGAGAAGUGGUUCGGGCGGCGAGCGGGCCGUGUCUUGAAUGCAAGUGCGAUCACAGCGGAGUCAUGCAAUGCAACCCUAAGGUA